CUAUGACUCCGUGGUAACACGCUCAACAAGCCAUGUGAUAAGAUGCCUGGAUUGAAUGUCUCAGACAUGGAGGAAACUGAGAUUCGUCCUCCGCCACCUGGAUUGAGUCACUUCGCCACCUAGAGCGCAUUGGGAAUUGGGGAGAAAUUUAAAAAAACAGGAGAUAUAAUAGGUGUGGGUUAGAAACAGAUACAAAUUUAAAUCCUUUUUUCCUCCACUUUCACAUCUGAAAGUGAAAGUUAAAGAGGAGAUUUAGAGUAAAAAGGACUUAAAAUUUGAUCUGUUUCUCAUCCACACCUAUUAUAUUGCUUCUGAAUAUAUGGAUAUAACCAUUGGAGUAUGUGGAUUACGUUUGUUUCCUUCAUGUGAUUUUUGACACUACAAUGGUAUGAUCAUUCAAUUGCAUUGUAAGGGCCUACAAAGCUGAGAUAUUCUUUUUAAAUCCUUUGUUUUGAAGGUCAUACACAUCUGGGAUGGCAUGAGGGUGAGCAAAUGAUGAGAGAAUUUUCAUUUUUGGGUGAACUAUCACUUUAAAUAGUCAAAAACGCAUUCCCAAGUUAUUUUACUUCCUAACAAGUGGUGACUCAUGCACAGGUUGCUUUCUCACUCAUGCGAACAGUGCCACAGUUCCAUUGCAACCGAACUAAGACCACUUCCUUCAGAUAGUCUAAGGUUUGGUACAACGGUCUGCAAAACAGGUUUCACAUUACCUAUUUUUCAUUUUAGACUAAUCUGCCAGUGUAAAAGCCCUCUCAGUCAUAAUUGUGUAGUGUUUCCAAUUAAAGGAAUAUUUUUUUCCCCCUAAAAUUAAAAUUCUAUGGUAAUUACUAAACCUCAUAUUGUUCCAAAUCCAUAUGACAUCCACAGAACACACAAGGAAAUAGCAGAAUAGUAACUUGGUCACAAUUCACAUUCAGUGAAUGGUAAAAAGAUGCAAUGAAAUUCAGUCAUGAUAGGCUAACAUUCUGUCUAAUGUGAUCUUUUGUGUUUCACAGGAAAAAAACGUGGGUUUGGAACAAUAUGAGUGUCAGUUAUUAAUGACAUCAUUUAAAAUUUGGGGUGCAAUUGUUGACAAUUUUAAUUUUUUUAUGGACUAUAUCUUUUAAAAUGGACAGUCAUUAACUCUUUCUGUGACAUGCUGAAUUAAAUCUAGUCAGUCAUGGCAAAGUGUGAUGCAAUGCAAUUUUGUCUGUACUUAUUUUUUAUUUUAUUUUUUUUGAACAGUUGUCAAAGGACCAUGAAGCAAUGGCUCAUGUACUCUUUGGAAGGAAUCUCAGACUAAAUGUUGCCUUGACUCUUUGGCGAAAAAAUGCAAGUGAACUAGUGGCAUACUUGAACAGACUACAAGACACAGGUGUCCUUGUUGACUGUUUGCCUGUACUUACUAAAAGUCUUCAGGAAGAAAAGACAUGCAUUUCGAUUGGCUGUUGUGUUGACCUUUUACCACAAGUGAAAGUGAUUCUUGACACUAAAUAUGAAGAACACCUCAUUGUAGCUUUACACUGGGUUCAAUCUGUCAUUAAGAAAUGGUGGCCUGAGCUCCCCACAAACAACAAAAGCUUGCAGGAUGGAUGUUCAAAUGACAGGAAUUUUCAGGCAAUGAAGACACUGCUGCUUGAACUGUGGGAGGGUAAAAGUCAGUUAUGCUUAGUUCCAGGAACUGUAGGAGAAACUGCCAAGGUCAUAGAAUCAUAUCUGUCACAAUUGAGCUGAUGCAUCAGUGUAGCACACCAAGGAGAGGACCACUACAUAUUCUUGGUGCGUUAUGUGAAUCUGCUCUCUGAGCAGUUUGGAGAUAGUGAAUCUAGAGCUCAAUAGUGGUGAAUUGAGGAUUGGUGAACUGAACAGUUCAGACACUCCUGAUACCAGCACUGGAGGAGGAACCCUUCCUACAGGCACAGAAUGACUGCUUCACAUUGAAGUGGACUUGCUUAGUGGCACAUAAUCAACUCCAUGAGACUCUCUGGAAUCAGACAAUUCACUGAAGUGCCAAGCAGAUGUUUUAACUGUUGCACUUGUAGUGCCAUUGUGUGAAUCUGCUUAAUUGGAUGUGAUUGUGUAUGUGUUCAGUCAUGCACUUGAAUUGCAGGCUUUUUAAGUUAUUUGUAUGUUGUUGUCCACUGCUUGAUCAUGAAUGGAAUAUUUGAGUGUAAUGUGUCUACAGUGAUUUUUCUUUAUUUUUUUCUUUUAAUCAACUUUCAAAUAAAUUGAUAUGAUCUGAAACUCUUUUUUUUCACAU